GAAAAAAAAGAAAAUACACAAUAAUAAUAACAGGAUGAAUCUCGCUGUGGAUAGACUAGCAGCCCUAGGAUGCAGAUUUCACAAUUGGUCAGCGACUGGUGCGUGAACAUUUUUAGGAUUAACCCUCAGCUGAACGAGUUAACACGACAUUCGUUGGAUGUGUCGACUUCACGCGUGUGCUUGUCGUUUGCCUUAUGUCCUUACUCUAACAUUUGUUUCAAUGGUAUGCAUAAACUUGAAAAUUCUGCAAGCGAGACUCUACAAACGAAAGAAAACGAAAUAUCCGUGAAGUCGUCGAAUAAAACCCCGCGACCGGAUGGCGUAUUGCAACGAUCGGCAAGCGACGGACAGUUACGGAAAUCCAGCCAAGUAGACAUAGCCGACACUUACCAAAUCAUCAAUAUCGCCAGCUGCAUGCGAUAUUUCCAUUUUCCUUUCCCACAUUUAUUAGAAUUCGACAGCAUCAAACGCCCUUUGAACAACGUCGGCAACAACCAGAGGCGGCUCUCCAAAUCUGGUAAAUCGGCCAAACCGUUUUUAGUCGAGGUGAAAACCGAGAGCGACAGGAACAGAAAUCCGCAGCCCGCAGACGACGAGUCGAGCGCCCACUCCCAGGUCUCUACGCUGGCAUCUGACCUCUCCAAUCAAAUGACCCCGGACAAGAUCCACUUCCAAAGCACGCGGAUCAUCGAGUCCGAGGUGGACCCGGCCAACUACAGGAAGAUCCUGGCCCUGGCCAUGCGACAAAGGGUAUCAGGGGCGUCGCACAAUGUGGAUGUGACGAAAGGCCGCGUGCAUUUCUCCUCCGAUUUGGAUGUAUGCGUGUAUGAGUCAAACAGAUAUAUAGAUUUUGCGAGGUGGCUGUGUUGCUGUUGUUGUAAGAAACCACCCCCCGUGGUUGUGACGGACGCACGUCCACGGAACAGUAUCCUCAACGUUAAAGACAACAUGCUGGACGCAACCAUCGCCCACGCAUGUGAGCUGAAAGAUCAGCCAAAAGACAAUGUGGUGGAGGAACCCAAGGAGAAAGAUAUCAGGUCCAUAUCAGACGCAACCACGGAGAGUUAACAUUAAAAAGUGUAACCUGUUGAAAUGUGAGAUAACAGAACAAUAUAAAAGACAGUUUUAACCAGCGUUAACAGUAAAAACUAGGAGUUAUAAUGACGAAAGAGACGAAACAAUAUAAAAUAAUUUAUGUUGUCACAUUCUAGGAUUGGAUUGGAUAAGUUAUUGUACUUAUUUUUAAAAAUUAGGUGUGUGUGUGCAGUGUGUAUGGUUAAUUUAAAUGUUUCUUUCUAGAAUCUGAAAUCGUUUAUAU